AUGGGAGGAAUGACCAGCGAAGGUUCGGUGGUGGAAAAGCAAGGCGAACCCUCUAUGAACGCCGAUGAGCUACGUCUAGCGCAAAUGGGCCACGCACAGGAGUUGAAGCGGCAUUUCAGCAUCCUAUCGCUGAUCGGUUUAGCAUCAACCACCACCAUCUCAUGGACAGGUCUCGGCUUGGGCAUUGUCACUGAGAUCAAUGCCGGUGGUCCCGGUGCCAUCAUUUAUGGAUUCAUUCUGGUCACCGUCAUGCAAUCCUUUCUAGGGGCCUCGCUGGCCGAGUUCGUGUCGAGUUAUCCUACCGAGGGUGGCAUGUAUCACUGGAUAGCGGCUGUGGCGCCCAAGCGGUACAGUGCAUUUUUGAGCUUUCUCACGGGCUGGUUGACAGUGUGUGGAUGGAUCUUUACGACUGCCUCGACGAAUCUAAUCUUUGCCCAAGUUGUCCAGGCUUUAUAUGCGCUUUAUCAUCCUGAUUUGACUUUUCAGGCUUGGGAAACAUUCGUCAUCUAUCAAAUUCUCAAUGCUUUGACGGCAGCUGUCGUCUUGUUCGGCAAUGCAAUUAUACCGGCCUUGAACCGAUUCUCUCUCUUCUACCUCCAAAUCGGAUGGCUGGCAGUGUUAGUGACGGUUGUUGCGUGCGCACCGACUCAUCGAGAUUCCACUUUUGUCUUUCAGACUUGGAUCAACAAUACUGGCUGGAAGAAUAAUGGGAUAUGUUUUAUCACCGGACUCGUCAAUCCACUGUAUAGUCUUGGGGGGUUGGACGGAGUCACUCAUAUCACUGAAGAGAUGCCGAACCCCUCUCGUAAUGCACCACUCGCCAUCGCCAUCACCCUCUCUAUCGCCUUCGUCACAGGACUCACCUACUUGGUCGGUCUCAUGUUCAGUGUGCAAGACUACGCCGCCCUCUCAACCACCAGCACUGGUCUCCCACUUGCCGAGCUCUUCCACCAAGUUACUCAAUCCGCCGGAGGAGCAUUCGGCCUCACCUUCAUCCUGUUCAUCGCCCUGGGCCCCUGCGUCAUCUCUUCACAGCUAUCCACCUCGCGAGUGCUCUGGGCUUUUGCUCGCGAUGGAGCGAUGCCCUUUUCCCACAUCUGGAGUCGAGUCAGUCGACGCUUCGGCAUCCCUUUCAACGCACAAUUACUCGUUGCGUCCGCCAACGCUGUCCUCGGGUGUCUAUACUUGGGCAGUAGCACCGCCUUCAAUAGCAUGCUGGGUGCGGCCGUGACCAUCAACAAUGUGGCCUACUUGGUUCCCAUCGCCACGAAUAUGUUGACUGGACGAUCGAACAUGCACCGCGGAACGUUUCACAUGGGGAAAUGGGGCUGGCUGGUGAAUGGGAUCACGGUGUGUUGGCUAGUAUUUGCCAUUACAUUUUUCAGUUUCCCGUAUACUAUGCCGCUGACGGUUCAGAAUAUGAACUAUACUUGUGUGGUGGUUGGGGGGUUGCCCAUUUUCAUCCUGUUGUGGUGGGUUGUUGGGAGUAGACAGUAUAAGGAGAAGAUUGCGGCUGCGAAGGAGGAAUGA